GGCCGCGCCGUUCCGCACGCGCGCCAGCCACACCUCUGUGCCACGGGCAGUCCCGCGGCAGCCCCGCGGCGGCACUCCGGCACGGGCGACGCGUCGGGCAGCCAUCACUGCGCGCGCCGCUUCCACAGGCCCACCAGACGGCUACAAGAGCGGCCGCGCCGGGGCAGCGCUACACACAAGCAAUGCCGCGCGCCGCGGAGGUGCCGCCGGCGUUCGCGAGCGGCUCGCACGACAACUAUAUUGUACUGGAACGAAUUGGUGAAGGUAGUUUCGGCAAGGUCUACAAAGGACGACGAAAACACACGGGCCAGACCGUCGCGUUGAAGUUCAUCGGCAAGCACGGCAAAUCGGAAAGAGAUUUAAGGAACUUGCGCCAGGAGAUCGCCAUCCUCAGCGCUUUAGAUCAUGAGAACGUCGUGAAGAUGUUCGACUAUUUUGAAACUGAAAGAGAAUUUUGUGUCGUGACGGAGUUUGCUAGAGGGGAGCUGUUCGAGAUCCUCGAGGAGGACGGGACCUUGCCGGAAGAGGCGGUUCGAGAUAUUGCUCGUCAGCUAGUGAAGGCGCUGCACUACUUGCACUCGCAGCGCAUCAUCCAUCGGGACCUGAAGCCGCAGAACGUUUUACUAGGAGCGAAUGGCCGGGUCAAGCUAUGCGACUUCGGCUUCGCUAGAGCGAUGAGUAUGGAUACCAUAGUAUUGACAUCUAUAAAAGGUACACCCCUGUACAUGGCUCCGGAGCUCGUCAAGGAGCAGCCCUACGACCACACGGUCGAUCUGUGGUCCCUCGGAGUUAUCUUAUUUGAGUUACUGGUGGGCCAGCCGCCGUUCUAUACGAACUCGAUCUACUCGCUCAUAAACCACAUCGUGAAGGACCCCGUGGUCUUUCCUAGUCAUGUUUCUGAAAGAUUUGAAUCAUUUCUGAGCGGUCUGCUAAGGAAGGACCCCCGCCGGCGACUCGCGUGGCCCGAGCUUCUGGAGCAUCCGCUGGUCCAGGAUACUGAUGAGGAUAGACAGAAACAAGAAGAGGAAACGAGGUUCUACGAGGGCUGUGGGGGCGCGGGCCCGCCGCGCGGUCGACUGGAAAGGUUCGUCGCGCGAUUGGAGACGACGCCGAUGGAUACGACGGAGGACCCCAUGCCGCCGCCGCCGCCCCGCGAAGUACGACAAAGGGAGGCGCGGCCGCCGGCGCCGCCGCCCGCGCACACUCAGGGUUUGGACGCGGCGCGAUCGGCCCUCCGGAAAGGUACUAUAUCCUCACUGAGAGACGCGCUCUCGGCGUGCGCCGACGCUGAUUUUACAGAUGACUGGAGUGACACGGUAGAAGACGUGUGCCAGAAGGCGGUUGAAAUGGCGACUGCAUGUCGGCGCGGGCCGCGGGAAAAGCGAGACCCUCCCGCAAAAUUACUGGGGGGCUGCUGCCGCGUCCUCGAGAAGGCGUUGCAACACAAAGCCGCCAAUGCUUGCCAAGCUACGUUAGAUUUAGCUUCGCAACUCGUACGAGCGCCGCCGUGGUUGAGGGAUAGAGAAGGCGAUUCCUCGAAGCCCUUCGUCGCCACGUCCGCGCGCUGGGCCCUCGCGGCGUCGCUCCGCAAAGCUCUUCUGGAAGAGGAAAACGGGUCCGACCCUAUCAUAAGGCAAGCCGCUUUAAGGUGCGCCAUCUCUGCUUUAAAACGAGCGACGCCCGCGACGCUCGACGUCUUGCUGGCCCACCAGCUCCCUCGAGCAUUGGCAGCUCGGAUCACGGGCGACGACGCCCUAUCAGCUGCCAAAGCUUUGGCCUUGUUCCUGGAGCCGCCCUACAACGGCCACUGGAAACCGCCGUCGCCCUUUCCCUUGUCUAUUGUCGGUGACGAAGAUGAUGAUUCUGCAUUAAGGAGCGCCGACGGCGUCUCCACGUCCGUGCGGGAGCGUUUUGCAUUAAGACGACGCGUGGAGAAGGCCGUCGCGGAGGCGGUUGGAGAUGAUGCGCAGUCCGAGUCCGCGCGCGGCCUCUCCGCCUUGCUGGAGGCGACUAGCGACGACGCUUCCCGAAGAUUGGUGUUGAGGACCAUCGCGCGCUGCGCCGCCGCAUCCACAAAUUCCGCUCGAGCAUUGGCUGCUUGUGGCGUCUGGUCCACGUGUUGUGAUAUUGCGACGAGCGAUACUCCUUAUGCCUCUGGAUUGAGCCUCGCUGCUCUGGGAGCCAUGGCGAAGGCCGACGCAUUAAGUCCAGACGCAACUCUACAAGCGGUCGAGGCGGCGAAGCAGGUGCUAAACGGCGGCUCCGACGACGCGCGCGUCCUGAGCGCGGCGACCGGUUUAUUGGAUGGGGCGUUGCGGGCCGCUCGUUCCCGAGCCGACGCCCACGCCAAGGCGAAGAACGAGGACGAGGACGCGCUGAAGGGCCCGAACGCCGUCGCUACCGCUGUUCUCAAAGCCGCCGCGGCGCCGAAGGCCCUGCAGGCCGUCUGGCGCGUCUUGACCUACGAAAGUCCACGCAUAGAGCACGAGACCGAUUCUGAUGGAGACUCGGACGACGACGGGCGGGGCUCGCGCGAGCUCGCUUCAGCAACACUGCUGGACGGCGGACGAUUAGGUGCGCGGCGCUACGGGUUGUUGGACGCGCCGCUGCGCCUGUUGACGCACUCGGCGGCGCUGGUGCCGUUGAUCGGCGCGCGCCUGACGGCAGCUAAGUUAUGGAGGCCCCUGAUCGACCAACUGUCCCGAGGCGGCGCGAACGAGCUGAGCCCCGGAGGGGUGGUGGCGGGCCUGGGCUGCGUCAAGGCGAUGCUCGACGCGGCGCCGGCGCGCGACCGGCCCGCGCUCAUCUCCGAGAAUAAUGGGGCGCUCGCGCGCGUCUGCGCGACGUGUUGCUCGCCGCCUUAUUUAGGUAGGGUGGCGAGAUGGCCCGAAAACGCCGACGGCGGCGCGUCCGGCGUCGGGGCGUGCUUGCAGGCCGUGGCCCAGCUGCUGCGAGCAACCUUGGCGCGGGAGGGCGCCGCCGCCGCGCAGGCCGGCGCGACGCCGCCCGCGGGCCCGUCGCCCGACGUCGCCGCGGAACCGACCCCAAAAACGGAGGCCGAGCAACUACGGAUAGCUGUUGAUGAUGCUCGUAUUGCGAACGCCGUGGCGUCCACGCUCCAUCGGACCGGCGCCGCAUCCAAGGACAACAAUCUGUUGGUCGUGGUCAAGCGGCUGGACGGCGCCGCGCUCUGCGCCGCGGCGGAGUUGUUAUCUAGGCUCGCUUUGGUGGGAGCGCCGGUCACGGGCGGCUGCGCGCGCGCGGACGCGCCCAAGGCCCUCGCGACGGCGGGCGCCUUCGACGCGUCGUCGCCGCCCAAGGCCGUCGUCAACGCGCUGCUCGUGGCGUCGCAGCUCGCCCGGACGGCGUCUCCCGGCUCGGGCGACGGCGCGGCGUGCGAGAAGGCGCUGAAACGGGCGACGCUCGAGCGCUACCUGCCUCGGCUUUUGAGAUCCGAGGACGCGCAGACGCGCGCCAAGGCCUGCAACCUCGUGGGUAAUUUGUGUCGCCACUCGGCCGCGUUCUACCCGGCUUUAAUCGAGGCGCGGCACGGCGAGGAGAGCGCUCUAUCUUGCGUGAUACGCUGCGCCUCGGACGACGACGGGGCCACCCGAAAGUUUGCCUGCUUCGCCCUGGGCAACGCGGCGUUCCACUCGUCGGAUUUGUAUGCUGCAUUGGAACCGGGCGCGCCGCCGCUCUGCAGUUGCCUCGCGAACGACAGCGACGAGAAGGCUCGGGCGAAUGCCGCGGGCGCGCUGGGCAACCUCGCGCGCAACGGCGGCGGCCUGGCCGCGGCGCUCGUCGCCGCCGGUGCCCCCCGGGCGCUCGUCGCCGCGGCGCGCGAGGACGCCGCGGCCGGUCCUCGGCGCAUCGCGCUGUUUUCUUUGGGCACAUUGGCGGCCUGGAGCGCCGUGCGCCGCGUCCUCGAGGUGGAGCCGCUGCGCUCGGCGCUGUCUACGGCGCUCGCGGCCGCGGACAAGUCGCGCGACGCUACGCAAAGGAAGUAUUCGGCGCGCGUACGCUCUAAGCUCGCCGCGCCGGCGUCGGACGCUGUUGUACCGGGGUAAGUAUAGUCG